UUCUUAUGGCCUGUUAGUGGGUCAGCUAUUUUGGCUGUUCUAAGUCUCAUAAUAGCUUGAUUUACAAGAAAUAUAAAACUGUAUUUUGUGUUCAUUUAUACGUUCCGAUCGGAUUUGGUCAAGCUUUGGAAGUUAAACGUGAAAAUUUCUCAAAUACUUAUUAUCAAAAAUGGGAAAUGAAACAUCACUUCCAAUGGAGAUGUGCUCCAACUUUGAUGCCGAUGAAAUCAAGAGACUUGGGAAAAGAUUUCGGAAACUGGAUUUAGACAACUCUGGCUCUCUCAGUGUAGAUGAAUUUAUGUCCUUACCAGAACUUCAGCAAAACCCAUUGGUGCAAAGAGUGAUUGACAUAUUUGACACUGAUCGAAAUGGAGAAGUUGAUUUUAAAGAGUUUAUUCAAGGUGUGUCUCAGUUUAGUGUGAAAGGAGAUAAGGAAUCUAAACUAAAGUUUGCCUUCAGAAUCUAUGAUAUGGACAAUGAUGGUUAUAUCUCCAAUGGGGAGCUCUUCCAGGUAUUGAAGGUGAUGGUAGGAAGCAACUUGAAGGAGACACAGCUGCAGCAGAUUGUAGACAAAACCAUUCUUUUUGCUGACAAAGAUGAAGAUGGAAUGAUAUCCUUUGAAGAGUUCUGUGGUGUUGUUGGAAAUACAGAUGUUCAUAAGAAGAUGGUUGUUGAUGUUUAAAAGUUAUGACUGCCUUGUUUUAAUAUUUCAUUCUCUUGGUUUUCUUGUUUCUAUGAUAAUCAUCUCAUUACUGUGACUUGUAAGAAAAUUCUACUACUUUGUAAGUGACUUUCAAUGCUUUGCAAAAAAUUGUAUAAUUGUGCUUUGACAUGUGCAUGUAGCUAUAUUUUAAAAUUUAGCUUUGUUUAAUUUUUUUAUUUUCUUGACACUAAAGAAAAGAUAAUUU